AUUCUACAUCUCACCUCUCUCCCUCUCUUAGGCCUCAAAUUUGGUUCAUUCUUGUCUUCAUUUUGCUCUGUUCUAGCACUUGCUCUGCAGAAUUUUAAGAAACAUUAACAAGGGAAAAAGUAACAAUACAAGAAUUAUGAGCUCUAUGUUGCAGAAGGCUGGGACUACUUUCCUGCCUUCAUCUCUAGCCACCCGAAACCAGCUCCCGGUCUCGACUAAUGGCAAUAAAAAGAUCAGUAGUGCUGCUGUCGGUGCAGGGCCUGAUGGUACCAAUGAUAGUAUUGAUCAAGGACCAAAAGGGAUCCGGAGGAGGCUUUCUGCAAUAUCCCUCAACAAGCUGCAGGAUUCCAUAUCUUCGUCGAUCCCUGGGGGAUCGUUCAAUACCAUGAAGUCUAGAUCCUCCAAGGGGUUGGAGCAUGCAGGGAGCUCCAUCAGGAAAUGGUGGGAUUUGAGCUGGUCCUGGAUCCUGUCAAGAAAGCCAGCCUUCGCGCAGGAUCUUGAGAUGAACGACGAAGAAACAUCCUUCCUCGGCUCCCACAACAAGGGUAGCUGGCUGCACCUCUUCUACAAGCUCCGAUCUGAAUUCGAUAAGAUCCUGUCCCUCCGCUCCUCGUCCAACCUCACCCUUCCUCAGACCUACAAGUAUGACAGCAUUAGUUCUGGAGGGAAGAACAAAAAAUCAUCAUCCUUCUCCUCCCUUCCCUACCCAUCUGGAGGAGGAAGGUAGCUAUAUGUUUGAUCCAAUAAGCACACAUAAGAUUUGUUUACUUGUUUGAUUCAUAUGUGGUUUCUAGUCCUACUGGUUCCUCUUUUGUUGCCUGUUGAAAGGGUGGUAGAUCAAUUGGAUCAAGGUCACUAUUCAUUCUUUUUCUAUUUUCUGCAACUACAAGUAAAUUAGUGUGUUAAUAAUUACAUUUAUUUAUAUAUUUUAUGUUCUAAGCAGCUACGAUCAAUCUGUAGACUGUACUGUCA